UAGCCACGCCCACUUCCGGCGGCGCUCCGCCCCGCUUCCUCCUUCACGCUGCUGCAACAUGGCCGCCCCCUCUUUCUCCAAAAUGGCGGCGCCCGCUAUGGAGCAGAUUUUGUCGGACCUCCUGGAGCCCGACAGCGCCGGGAUCCGCCAGGCCACGGAGCGGCUGCGGGAGGCGCUGGAGGAGCCGGAGGGGCCCGAAGGCCUCGCGGAGCUGCUCGGGGGGGCGGGGAGGCCGCAGGUCCGACACUUGGCCGCCCUUGUGCUCAGGAGGCGCCUCCGGAAGCUCCCUCAGGACUUGAUUGACAGGCUCCCCCACGUGGUGGCCGAGGCCCUGGAGCGGGAGACGGAGUGAGUGGGAAACGCC